AGACUUGAUAACAAAAUGUCGCUGAAUACAGCUCAUGCCCAUGGCGGAGUGCUUAUUUUUGCAGGGGAAAGAAUCCUGAUCUUUUAUGAUGGAAUUGAAAUGUCCUUUGAUGGUCCGAAUGGUAUGCCUCACUUCAAGGGGAAAAAGAAAGGGAAUGUCUACCUAACUACGCAUAGGGUGAUUUUCAACUGCACUGACCCAAAAGACCAGAUGCAGUCCUUCAGCAUGCCCUUCCUGACUAUGCGAGACCUGGAGCUGGAACAACCCAUUUUCGGGGCCAACUACAUAAAGGGGCGUAUUCUGGCAGAGCAGGGAGGCAACUGGACAGGUGAAGCCAGAUACAAGAUGUACUUCACCCAUGGUGGAGCAAUAGAGUUUGGUCAAGCCAUGAUGAAAGCUGGGCAACUGGCUUCACGCAACAGGCCACCUCAGCCACCACCCUACACUCCACCCAUGGGCAAUGUGUACCAGGCCCCACCCCCAGCCUAUGCCCGGCCCCAUACCCCACACUAUGACUGGGUACCAUAUCAAACAUUCCCAACAGCUCCACCACAGGAUGGAGUGUACAUGUCAGAAGCUCCCCCACCGUACCCUGGAGUGGACCCCAAUGCUGCCCCUUACCCUCCACCUCAGGCUAAUGGCCAUGAUGCGAAGGCCAGAGAGGCAGCUGCCAGUGCGUACUACAGCCCAGCUAACCCCCACAAUGUGUACAUGCCCUCGGACCCUCCCCCAUCAUAUGACGAGGCAUCCAAGAAAACCAACUAAAUCACUUCCUUGUUCGGAAUACAUCCGAUGCUCUUCGUAAUGGCUGUGUGGAAAAUCAUGACAGAAACUUAAUUAAAGUUGUAUAGUUGUAAGGUGCAAAACAUGACCUGGAAAGAUUUCAAGUAUUUAUAUACUUGUUUUGCACAUGUGAUAUGUGAAAUAAAACAUUAAGAUAUUUGUCAAUGGUAUUAUUUAGAUUGUCCUUUGCAGCUGUGAUCUGGUUUCAAUUUCUCAGCAUUGUGUAUGCUUAUAUUCUUUCUUCUAUAAUGACAGCAUCUACUAUUUAACAUGCACUAAAAUGUAGUCUCGUUGAUUUUCAUGGACAAUGGUGUUUGCUGUGUAUUAUUCAAUCAAUAUUUCAUUAGUUUGAUAAAAGGAACUGAAUUUCAUAAUAGCUUCUGUUCUAUUUCUUCUACAUCAUUUUAGUACAUGUUUAUUUCUUUUAGACUAUUCUCUAUUGUAUACCUGUUGAUUGUUUUGGCUGUUGGCUUUUAGGGAUGUCUGGAUCAGCCUAUCUGUUGUUGAUGUUGUACAUUGUGUAUAUAUGCAUCUGUACAUUACUGUGUUUGUGUGACACAAGUAAAUAUAUGUACACAAGAGACCAAGAUUCCUGAAUUACAUGUAAAUAAUGCUGUUAAUAUUUUCAGCUUUUGUUGGGUUCAUCAUAAUACAGUUUGCCAAAAUAGAUCCAGUAGAUUAUGUCCAGUUAUUACCUUUGUUAGAGAUUCAACUUUGUAUUCAGUAAUCUGUGAUCACUUGAGAGGACAGUCGAUGAUCUUCUUAAUCAGGUACAGUAAAAAUACAGUAAUAAAACAGAAUAUCAUCCAUAUUUUCUGCCUAACAAACACUUGAUUUCAUCAUAUGAAAUCUUUAGACUCAAGUUUGUUUUUUCAUGCUUUUUCCAUUUGUGUUUUUAACUACUAGUUAGGUUUGUCAUUCAAAUAUAACAUAUACAGUCAAUUCAAGGGGUUAGUUAAUCAGUAUUUGCUGAGCCUUUGUUUCCCUUCCAUAACUGUUAUAACCAUUGUCAUGGCAAUUAUAAUGCAAGUAUCAGUCCAUGGAUGCAUGUAAUUAUGUUUUGGUACCAUUCUCUCAUUUUAGAAAAUAAUUUCUGCAGGAAUUUGCACAGGCACUGGUCAUCAGAUUGGAUGUGAGUGAAAAGUGAUGAGGACAGAUCAAGUAACAUUAACAACUCAGUGAAGGGUGAAGUAACCAGGUACAAGUUGAGUCCAGCUCACUGUGUCUACCCAGCACUGAUUUACUGAUGCUCAAAAUUUUCAGUAUCAUUUCAUAACAUCAGAAGAAUUCUUUACAGCAAUUUCAUUCUUUUUUUUAAAUAGCUCAUUAGAAAUCAUCUGUUUCAGUAAAUGACAAUGUAGUUUUUUGAUAACAUCCCAAGAAUUCUUAAUGCAAUAUUAUUAUUUAUUUUGAAUAGUUAAUUUAAAAUCAUCCGCUUUAAUAAAUGACGAUGUAGUUUUUAACAAUGUAUAAAGGCAAUCUCUGUGAAAACGUUGCAUGUUAUUGUACACAUCUUGAUGUGCUAUUGUUGAUAUUUUCAAUAAAUGUGAUCGAAGCUGAA